AUGUUCAGUGCCUGCAAAGAACUCAGGAUGAGGAUAGCCUUGGGACUGGCUCUUUUAUUGUGCGGUGCACUAAUAAUGCAACCUGCUAAAGGAAAAGCAACUAACACAUCUGCAUUACCAAUAUGCACAAUGAACCCAUUUUUACCGAUCUGCUUAUUAGGCAGGGCCUUAACUUCGACAGCAUCGGCAACUCAGGACACAGAAACAACCUCCACAGCCCUUCCCACAACUACAAACGCAGGUUCUAAAACUUCCGAAGAACUAACAACAUCCACAGCUCUUCCCACAGGCACUUCGACAACUUCUGGAGAAGUAACCACCUCCACAGCUACUCCUACAUCGACAACGGAAACUUCCACAACUACUGGAGAAGAAACCACCUCCACAGCCCUUCCCACAUCAACCACGGAAAGUUCCACAACCACUGAAGUAACAUCUACAUCGACAGCUAGUCCAACAAGUACCACGGCAACUUCCACAACUUCCGGAUCAGACACAACCUCCACAGCUCUGCCCACAUCAAGUACGACAACAUCCACAUCUACAUCGACUGCUAGUCCAACAAGUACCACGGCAACUUCCACAACUUCCGGAGAAGACACAACCCCCACAGCUCUGCCCACAUCAAGUACGACAACAUCCACGACUACCUCGACAGCUAGUCCAACAAGUACCACGGCAACUUCCACAACUUCCGGAUCAGACACAACCUCCACAGCUCUGCCCACAUCAAGUACGACAACAUCCACAUCUACAUCGACAGCUAGUCCGACAAGUACCACGGCAACUUCCACAACUUCGGGAGCAGACACAACCUCCACAGCUCUUCCCACAUCAAGUACGACAACAUCCACAUCUACAUCGACAGCUAGUCCAACAAGUACCACGGCAACUUCCACAACUUCCGGAUCAGACACAACCUCCACAGCUCUGCCCACGUCAAUACGACAACAUCCACAUCUACAUCGACAGCUAGUCCAACCAAGUACCACGGCAACUUCCACAACUUCCGGAUCAGACACAACCUCCACAGCUCUGCCCACAUCAAGUACGACAACAUCCACAUCUACAUCGACUGCUAGUCCAACAAGUACCACGGCAACUUCCACAACUUCCGGAUCAGACACAACCUCCACAGCUCUGCCCACAUCAAGUACGACAACAUCCACAUCUACAUCGACAGCUAGUCCGACAAGUACCACGGCAACUUCCACAACUUCCGGAUCAGACACAACCUCCACAGCUCUGCCCACAUCAAGUACGACAACAUCCACAUCUACAUCGACUGCUAGUCCAACAAGUACCACGGCAACUUCCACAACUUCCGGAGAAGACACAACCUCCACAGCUCUGCCCACAUCAAGUACGACAACAUCCACGACUACCUCGACAGCUAGUCCAACAAGUACCACGGCAACUUCCACAACUUCCGGAUCAGACACAACCUCCACAGCUCUGCCCACAUCAAGUACGACAACAUCCACAUCUACAUCGACUGCUAGUCCAACAAGUACCACGGCAACUUCCACAACUUCCGGAUCAGACACAACCUCCACAGCUCUGCCCACAUCAAGUACGACAACAUCCACAUCUACAUCGACUGCUAGUCCAACAAGUACCACGGCAACUUCCACAACUUCCGGAUCAGACACAACCUCCACAGCUCUGCCCACAUCAAGUACGACAACAUCCACAUCUACAUCGACUGCUAGUCCAACCAGUACCACGGCAACUUCCACAACUUCCGGAUCAGACACAACCUCCACAGCUCUGCCCACAUCAAGUACGACAACAUCCACAUCUACAUCGACUGCUAGUCCAACAAGUACCACGGCAACUUCCACAACUUCCGGAUCAGACACAACCUCCACAGCUCUGCCCACAUCAAGUACGACAACAUCCACAUCUACAUCGACUGCUAGUCCAACAAGUACCACGGCAACUUCCACAACUUCCGGAUCAGACACAACCUCCACAGCUCUGCCCACAUCAAGUACGACAACAUCCACAUCUACAUCGACAGCUAGUCCGACAAGUACCACGGCAACUUCCACAACUUCCGGAUCAGACACAACCUCCACAGCUCUGCCCACAUCAAGUACGACAACAUCCACAUCUACAUCGACUGCUAGUCCAACAAGUACCACGGCAACUUCCACAACUUCCGGAUCAGACACAACCUCCACAGCUCUGCCCACAUCAAGUACGACAACAUCCACAUCUACAUCGACAGCUAGUCCGACAAGUACCACGGCAACUUCCACAACUUCCGGAUCAGACACAACCUCCACAGCUCUGCCCACAUCAAGUACGACAACAUCCACAUCUACAUCGACUGCUAGUCCAACAAGUACCACGGCAACUUCCACAACUUCCGGAUCAGACACAACCUCCACAGCUCUGCCCACAUCAAGUACGACAACAUCCACGACUACCUCGACAGCUAGUCCAACAAGUACCACGGCAACUUCCACAACUUCCGGAUCAGACACAACCUCCACAGCUCUUCCCACAUCAAGUACGACAACAUCCACAUCUACAUCGACUGCUAGUCCAACAAGUACCACGGCAACUUCCACAACUUCCGGAUCAGACACAACCUCCACAGCUCUGCCCACAUCAAGUACGACAACAUCCACAUCUACAUCGACUGCUAGUCCAACAAGUACCACGGCAACUUCCACAACUUCCGGAUCAGACACAACCUCCACAGCUCUGCCCACAUCAAGUACGACAACAUCCACAUCUACAUCGACAGCUAGUCCAACAAGUACCACGGCAACUUCCACAACUUCCGGAGAAGACACAACCUCCACAGCUCUGCCCACAUCAAGUACGACAACAUCCACAUCUACAUCGACAGCUGGUCCGACAAGUACCACGGCAACUUCCACAACUUCCGGAUCAGACACAACCUCCACAGCUCUGCCCACAUCAAGUACGACAACAUCCACAUCUACAUCGACUGCUACUCUGCCCACAUCAAGUACGACAACAUCCACAUCUACAUCGACUGCUAGUCCAACAAGUACCACGGCAACUUCCACAACUUCCGGAUCAGACACAACCUCCACAGCUCUGCCCACAUCAAGUACGACAACAUCCACAUCUACAUCGACAGCUAGUCCAACAAGUACCACGGCAACUUCCACAACUUCCGGAUCAGACACAACCUCCACAGCUCUGCCCACAUCAAGUACGACAACAUCCACAUCUACAUCGACAGCUAGUCCAACAAGUACCACGGCAACUUCCACAACUUCCGGAGAAGACACAACCUCCACAGCUCUGCCCACAUCAAGUACGACAACAUCCACAGCUCUGCCCACAUCAAGUACGACAACAUCCACAUCUACAUCGACUGCUAGUCCAACAAGUACCACGGCAACUUCCACAACUUCCGGAUCAGACACAACCUCCACAGCUCUGCCCACCUCAAGUACGACAAUAUCCACAUCUACAUCGACAGCUAGUCCAACAAGUACCACGGCAACUUCCACAACUUCCGGAUCAGACACAACCUCCACAGCUCUGCCCACAUCAAGUACGACAACAUCCACAUCUACAUCGACUGCUAGUCCAACAAGUACCACGGCAACUUCCACAACUUCCGGAUCAGACACAACCUCCACAGCUCUGCCCACAUCAAGUACGACAAUAUCCACAUCUACAUCGACAGCUAGUCCAACAAGUACCACGGCAACUUCCACAACUUCCGGAUCAGACACAACCUCCACAGCUCUGCCCACAUCAAGUACGACAACAUCCACAUCUACAUCGACUGCUAGUCCAACAAGUACCACGGCAACUUCCACAACUUCCGGAUCAGACACAACCUCCACAGCUCUGCCCACAUCAAGUACGACAAUAUCCACAUCUACAUCGACAGCUAGUCCAACAAGUACCACGGCAACUUCCACAACUUCCGGAUCAGACACAACCUCCACAGCUCUGCCCACAUCAAGUACGACAACAUCCACAUCUACAUCGACUGCUAGUCCAACAAGUACCACGGCAACUUCCACAACUUCCGGAUCAGACACAACCUCCACAGCUCUGCCCACAUCAAGUACGACAAUAUCCACAUCUACAUCGACAGCUAGUCCAACAAGUACCACGGCAACUUCCACAACUUCCGGAUCAGACACAACCUCCACAGCUCUGCCCACAUCAAGUACGACAACAUCCACAUCUACAUCGACAGCUAGUCCAACAAGUACCACGGCAACUUCCACAACUUCCGGAGAAGACACAACCUCCACAGCUCUGCCCACAUCAAGUACGACAACAUCCACAUCUACAUCGACUGCUAGUCCAACAAGUACCACGGCAACUUCCACAACUUCCGGAUCAGACACAACCUCCACAGCUCUGCCCACAUCAAGUACGACAACAUCCACAUCUACAUCGACAGCUAGUCCAACAAGUACCACGGCAACUUCCACAACUUCCGGAGAAGACACAACCUCCACAGCUCUGCCCACAUCAAGUACGACAACAUCCACAUCUACAUCGACUGCUAGUCCAACAAGUACCACGGCAACUUCCACAACUUCCGGAUCAGACACAACCCCCACAGCUCUGCCCACAUCAAGUACGACAACAUCCACAUCUACAUCGACAGCUAGUCCAACAAGUACCACGGCAACUUCCACAACUUCCGGAGAAGACACAACCUCCACAGCUCUGCCCACAUCAAGUACGACAACAUCCACAUCUACAUCGACUGCUAGUCCAACAAGUACCACGGCAACUUCCACAACUUCCGGAUCAGACACAACCUCCACAGCUCUGCCCACAUCAAGUACGACAACAUCCACAACUACAUCGACAGCUAGUCCAACAAGUACCACGGCAACUUCCACAACUUCCGGAUCAGACACAACCUCCACAGCUCUGCCCACAUCAAGUACGACAACAUCCACAUCUACAUCGACUGCUAGUCCAACAAGUACCACGGCAACUUCCACAACUUCCGGAUCAGACACAACCUCCACAGCUCUGCCCACAUCAAGUACGACAACAUCCACAUCUACAUCGACUGCUAGUCCAACAAGUACCACGGCAACUUCCACAACUUCCGGAUCAGACACAACCUCCACAGCUCUGCCCACAUCAAGUACGAAACCAUCCACAACUACAUCGACUGCUAGUCCAACAAGUACCACGGCAACUUCCACAACUUCCGGAGAAGACACAACCUCCACAGCUCUGCCCACAUCAAGUACGACAACAUCCACAUCUACAUCGACUGCUAGUCCAACAAGUACCACGGCAACUUCCACAACUUCCGGAGAAGACACAACCUCCACAGCUCUGCCCACAUCAAGUACGACAACAUCCACAUCUACAUCGACUGCUAGUCCAACAAGUACCACGGCAACUUCCACAACUUCCGGAUCAGACACAACCUCCACAGCUCUGCCCACAUCAAGUACGAAACCAUCCACAACUACAUCGACUGCUAGUCCAACAAGUACCACGGCAACUUCCACAACUUCCGGAGAAGACACAACCUCCACAGCUCUGCCCACAUCAAGUACGACAACAUCCACAUCUACAUCGACUGUCACAUCAAGUACGACAACAUCCACAUCUACAUCGACUGCUAGUCCAACAAGUACCACGGCAACUUCCACAACUUCCGGAUCAGACACAACCUCCACAGCUCUGCCCACAUCAAGUACGACAACACCCACAUCUACAUCGACUGCUAGUCCAACAAGAACCACGGCAACUUCCACAACUUCCGGAUCAGACACAACCUCCACAGCUCUGCCCACAUCAAGUACGACAUACCACGGCAACUUCCACAACUUCCGGAUCAGACACAACCUCCACAGCUCUGCCCACAUCAAUCCAACAAGUACCACGGCAACUUCCACAACUUCCGGAUCAGACACAACCUCCACAGCUCUGCCCACAUCAAGUACGACAACAUCCACAACUACAUCCACUGCUAUUCCCACGUCAACCACCGCAGCUGCCACAUCUACUACAGAAGCAACAACAUCCACAGCUGUCCCCACAACAACAACCACCGCAGCUACCACAACUACUGCAGAAGCAACAACAUCCACAGCUAUUCCCACUUCAACCACGGGAACAACAUCCACAGCUAUUCCCACUUCAACCACGGGAACCACAUCCACCGCUAUUCCAACUUCAACCACGGGAACAACAUCCACUGCUAUUCCCACUUCAACCACGGGAACGACAUCCACAGCUAUUCCCACUUCAACCACGGGAACCACAUCCACCGCUAUUCCAACUUCAACCACGGGAACAACAUCCACUGCUAUUCCCACUUCAACCACGGGAACGACAUCCACUGCUAUUCCCACUUCAACCACGGGAACCACAUCCACUGCUAUUCCAACUUCAACCACGGGAACAACAUCCACUGCUAUUCCCACUUCAACCACGGGAACAACAUCCACAGCUAUUCCCACUUCAACCACGGGAACAACAUCCACAGCUAUUCCCACUUCAACCACGGGAACCACAUCCACCGCUAUUCCAACUUCAACCACGGUAACAACAUCCACUGCUAUUCCCACUUCAACCACGGGAACGACAUCCACUGCUAUUCCCACUUCAACCACGGGAACCACAUCCACUGCUAUUCCAACUUCAACCACGGGAACAACAUCCACUGCUAUUCCCACUUCAACCACGGGAACAACAUCCACAGCUAUUCCCACUUCAACCACGGGAACCACAUCCACCGCUAUUCCAACUUCAACCACGGGAACAACAUCCACUGCUAUUCCCACUUCAACCACGGGAACAACAUCCACAGCUAUUCCCACUUCAACCACGGGAACCACAUCCACCGCUAUUCCAACUUCAACCACGGGAACAACAUCCACUGCUAUUCCCACUUCAACCACGGGAACGACAUCCACUGCUAUUCCCACUUCAACCACGGGAACCACAUCCACUGCUAUUCCAACUUCAACCACGGGAACGACAUCCACUGCUAUUCCCACUUCAACCACGGGAACAACAUCCACAGCUAUUCCCACUUCAACCACUGGAACCACAUCCACAGCUAUUCCCACUUCAACCACGGGAACAACAUCCACAGCUAUUCCAACUUCAACCACGGGAACAACAUCCACAGCUACUCACACUUCAACCACGGCAACAACAUCCACAGCUAUUCCCACUUCAACCACGGGAACCACAUCCACCGCAAUUCCAACUUCAUCCACGGGAACAACAUCCACAGCUAUUCCCACAUCAACCACGGAAAAAGUAACAACAUCCACUACUAGUACUACGAAUGGACAGCAUCAUCAUCAUCACUACCAUCACCACUACAAUCGACCAGGCUUCCCAUUCGCACCACCGCCCCUUUUACCCCUUCCGCCUCUUCCAGCUCUUCCGGCCCUUCCUACUCUUCCACCUCUUCCUACACUUCCUACUCUUCCUCCUCUUCCUUCUAUUAACUUACCAAAUGCCGAUGCAGCUGUUGUUGCUAUCCUACCGUUUCCACCUCCUCUACCUCCACCUCCUUUUUUUGGAAACCUUUUUGGAAAAUAGUUUGUAAACUCUAAUACUAAAUUAUUUUCCAUAGCCAUUUCGUUCU